AGAGAAAUGCACAAACUGCACUGGAGGUUUUGGGUGCUUGCUUAUAAUAGUUACUGCGGCGGUGGACGGAUGACGUGAAAUGUACCGGAGUUAACACAUCAAAGGUCUUACCCACAGUAAACUGGCUUUACGGCGGUUUCAACAUCAAAAUGCAACACAAUUCCACUGGCUAGUCAACUCAACUGACUGUGAAUGGUGUAGUUAAAGCAAGCUUGCUGACCGAGUUCAACCUAUUUCUCCUAAAGAAGCAACCUCAUUCAGACCGUUUCUUCUGACUUACCCAUCAUACAUACCUUCAUGGCCACAUUGCUUUGUUUCUUCCCUAAAAUUGAGCCCAGAAGUCGAUUUUUACCAUCAAAUAGUCUCGUUUAAAUGUAAAGACUGAAAAAAAGGCUGUAAUUUUUGAGUGUGGAAGUGAGCUGAACAUCCGGAUCAAGAUUAUCUUUUAUCUCUUUUCGUUGAAAAUAGAGCUCUUAAAUAAAUUUAAAAGGUUCUCCAAGAGGUUCAGCUUCAAAAUAUAUCGACAUCGUUUCUCUAUAUAGACAGAGGGUAACUUAAUAGUGACUUAGAUAAUAUUAAUUUAUUGUGAUGAAAUUUAGCGUUUCGAUUCUAAUUGGGAAAUGAUAGCGACUUGACCUAUUAUUUUUGCAAUGACCGCAAUAGCAAUGACACUAAUUUCUUAACCACAAAAAGCUACCAAAGGUUGUUUCGAGAAUUAAUCUGUGACUUAAUUUAUAUUUUUGGUUUGGGUCAUGAAAUCAGUUAUUAUAAAUGUUUCUUUUUUUUCGAUACUUAGCUAAUGUUUGAAGAAAGAGAGCCUUUGUUUGUUUCCGACAAAACGUGCCAAAUACGUUUAACAUUCGCUUGACCAACCGACCUGCCUUUCAAUUUUGAUACGAAUUAGUGUACAAAUUACGUUAUCUUGGAGUUUUUACCAAUUGCUUGAAUUUAACUUAACGCUACCUCAAUUGAGAUUUAUUUAGCCUUCAAAAGUCGUCUAAUGUCAUUUCUAGCUUUAUUGAGUCUUUUCAGCUUUUGACUAAUUUCAGUCAAUCUAAUCAACUAUUUUUUGUUCUUGUCGUGUUAAAAGCAAGAAUAAAAAUCAGCGGCCAGUUAAUCUUGAAGUAACUCUACUCUUGAGUAGUUUCUGAAACUUAAUACAGACAGUUCUCUGUUACUGCAGUAAUGAAUAUUUAUAGCUGUUUACAUUGAUUAACCUUACAAACUACAGAUACUGUCCAUUUUUAUGUGAAUUUAAGUAGAAACUCGAUUUUACGUUAAAAUUACAAGAAAAUGUCUUAAAAUUUGCAGACUUUUACCGUUGAGUUGUAAUUGGGUACAGUAUUAUACUUUGUUAUUUGUUACCAUUCUGUCAGCUAAAAAACUAGUGCCUCUUUGUACGCUUUGGGUGUUAAUCAGUAAUUAUUAAUUCGUCAUCAGCAUGUCUUAUCCGCCAAUGAAGGGCUCUUCUGGUGGAGAUGGAAUGAAGCCUAAACGAUCAUCUUCUCCCUUCCGACUCAAAAACAGAUUCACACCCUGGUCCGCUGAAGCAUCAGACAAUUCGUACAGAGACACUUCGAAAUGGACCAAGAAGUAUUCAACUGAAACUUCCAAAGACGAAAUAGUCUCAUUUUCCCACCAAGAACAAAAGUUGUCCACUACAUCAUCAACAUCAGUAUCCUAUACUUCGAAGGAACAACUACAUCAUCAUCAAGGAUUCAGUGCUGAUACGAGUAGUAGUCGUGAUCAUGGAGAACGUAGGUCAUCAGGAGGUAGUGCCAGUCUUCUGCUUAUGAAGCAGCCCCUCCUGCAGAAUACAUCCGGAAGUUGCUCAGUAUCUAGACCACCCAGUAAGCCGACGUAUUCAGUGGCGAACCCUCAUAUAUCUCAAUCCCAGAAACACUACGCGUCUGAUCAUUCACAGGUGUCUCUGUCUUCACAUCACGAUUCACCCUCGAGUGCUAACAGCAGCAGUAGUGCUGGUCAUCACUUUGGUCCCCUGAAGGUGCAAGUCAGUCUGAUGGAGAGAGAGGAGCUACUCAGGAGACUGGACGGAGAGGACACGGAGUCCUGCAAUGAGUUGCGAAGAUUCAAAAACGCACGCAAAGUAUCCCAGAAGUUCCAAAUGCAGGGAACAAUGUCGAUUGCAGACCGAAUGGCUGCCUUCGACACCGGCUCGGCUGAGAAGAUGCGCAUGAGGUCUCCCGGUCCUACAUCCAGUGCCUACCAGCAGACAACAUCAUCUUCAGGGUUUUCAUCUUCUUCUGGAGUUGGAGGAAGGGGCGAUGGUGCAUCCAGUUCGGCCUCAAUCACAUCAACACACACUACCUCGUCAUCAAGAACAUCCUAUCAGAAAUCGACGCCAUCUUAUCUUGACGAGAUCUCUGGUCAAACUUCAACCAGAAGCAGUUUAAGUGUAGUGACAGACGACAGAAACUACCUUACAACUGGAGACAAUAUAUCAUGCACGCGCUCUUCAUCAGUACGCCUUCUGAAACAUACGUCACCUGUUCCUUACAAGCGCCCAGAGACGCCAGUUGAGAGCAGUGAACCCGAAUCACUUAUUCUUCCAUCCCGAAGAGCGACAAUAGAGGCUCAACCUACGGUACAAGGACCUGUAGUCGAUGAAACAGUUGUUGAUCGUAAUAAAAGAACCAGCAGUCUGAAACAGGAAAGCGAAACAAAUGUGUCAGUUGCCAAAACGACAUCAAAUCAUCCAGAUCAAGCGAGCAAAAGUUUGCAGAUGAGACGAAAAUUCUUCAUGCCGAAUCCGACUGUUGAGGUAUCGGUGAGUCAUGACGUGCUGAGUUCGGGAUUUGAAGAUGGUUCGUUUACAUCGAGAACAUCUUCGGUUUCAGAAGGGUCCAAUCAGUCUAAUGCGUACGUACAAGAAGCUCCGAUGGUUGCAUCUGUGGCGGGAACAUCCGAAACUGUGGCACCUUCACAAUAUCUGGAACUGAAGCCAUUCAAUGACCCGGGAAGUUCAAACACGAUUGGCAGGAAAAAGCGUCCUUCUUUGACGACGGCAGGAGCUCAUUUGGACUUGAAUGAUAGUCCAACUCAUGGGGCGUUCAGUGCGACAAGUAUAGUUGCCUCGGUCAUGGGAACAAUGAAGCGAAUGAAGAAACCAAACUCAGCUGCAACUGAGACGAAAACUCACACUAGUCUUAAAGAGCAUUCAACGCUUCAGAAAACGAGCUCAAUUUCCCACAAAAAUUAUACAGAGGAGUCCUUUGAGUCAUAUGAAAGAUCGACAUCAGUCAGUGCUUCGAGCUCCAAAGCGGAAACACCUUCGAAAGAGGUCAAUUUUGAGGAAAUGAAAACCUUUGAAUACCUAAUCAGACAUGCGGAAAUUCUAUCAAUGAACUCACUGCCUUAUUGUAGACAUUCUAUUGCCUCACGCGUUGAUUUAAAUCAGAUGAUGGUCGCUAACACAAUUAACGAGAUGAUCGCGAUUUACGGCGCUCCAGGUGCUAAAACAGGAACUAACAGCAAACCGAUGAAGCCUCCGCGAAGUGAUCUUUCGACUAUUUCGAAACAAUUGCGGAUAUCGCCUGUCAAAUUUGAAUCAGCAUAUCAGAGACCAGAAAUAGCGGAAUUAGUCCGGAAAUUGUCGAUUGACAAUACUAUUCAACCUGAUGCUUAUAUCGAAUUGUCGAAGCCGCCUCCCAAACCAACUAGAAGCUCAAUUCGUUCGGUUACGAGUUUAAUGCACAGCUCGACGUCGUCAAUGUCAGAGCAGAAUGUAGAUUUGAGAACGAUAGAUCUGAAGGUGUUUUCACAUAAGUAUCCGCCGACAGUGUCUUCAACGCAUAAGUCGAAGUUUCUGAAAGGGACGUUGCCUCGGUUUCCGAAGAGGCCGAGGAGGAGUACGAGUCGCAACAAGGGCAAGUGUGGUGGAGUGGAAGUGUAUGAAAGUGCGUCAGUGCCUCCCAAAUUUGGCGAGGAGACGGCGCGCAUUCAGCUCAUGAUCUCCGCUAAAUUGGACCAAAAAGCGAAAGCCAAGGAGGAAAGGAAAGAGCAAAGAGAAAAGUCAGGAACAGACAAAUCCCGCAUCCAGUCUUGCUUUGAUUCGACCGGAAACAGCGAGAUGAUCCAGCCGUACACUAGUAGCCAGUCUAGUGUGGACACGAUCGAUGGUCACGAGCAGGAUGACGUCAGGUUGUCUCUGAACAACUCGAUGAUGACUGGAAAGAGUCAAAGUGUGGAUAAUUUGAGGAAUGUGUCUUUCUCUCUCGAGAGUAUGAAGAGUGCAGAAGUUGUAGGCCACUGUACAGACAAAAGUCUAGAUGGAUGCUGUGACACCGAGCAACUAAGUGAGCAGAGCAAACGAGACGAAUCAAUUGACAAUCAGCAGUGUAAAAAGAUCCAGCAACAGAAGUUCCCAAAUGUGGGUCGAUCUAUCUCGUGUAGGGAACAGAAGCCAGGAACUAAUUUGGAGAAGAGGGAAUUAGUGAGGUUGAAGAGAAGAAUCAAACGAUUGCAUAAGAGUGUGGACCAGAUAUCGAAUACUUCCUCGUCGAACAAUCACACGAAAGCAGGCAUGACGCCGUCAACAUCUACGUCCAGUUCGAACGCGAAAGCCGUGGGUGCGAAUCUGAAUCAAAACCUAGUCUUCCAUCCGCUAACAAAAGACACCACAAGUGCCUCGAGACCAAACUCAAGUGUCUUAACAUCCCAAUCAAGACAAGGGCAGAUGAUGAACAAAUAUCAACAGAUGGUGAAUAGAAUCCAGAUUUUACCCAAUAGAGUGAUGGGAAAAGAGGCGAUUGAAGGGAAGUUAGACGCAGAGAGUCUGAACUCAGCUGGCACUUCAGAUUCCUCAGACCGACUCAAUUCUUCGUUAGACGAACGGGUGCGUGACAAGAUAUACCAUAUGUUUGGAGUGGCGAAGAGUUUGGAGGAUCUGAAUUGUGACUCAGCAAACGAGACAUCAAGCGAAGGGCUGGAAAGGGUUGAUCACAAGGAUCUUGAUUCGCUGGACGAACCGGAUGGAAUUCAGAAUGCAAGUCUCGAGAAAGGGAAAUUGACGAAUACUCGAGGUGGUAUUCGGCAGCGGUCGGGAGCAUUUGACAACGAAGCGGCAUGUGACUCACAGUCGGUUGGGAGAGAUAGUGCGCUCUCCUUAAAUCAGGACCAGGGCGGUAACAACAGCGUAUCGUCUGUAGCAUCAACCAGUGACAUGAACAGAAUCCAGAGCGUGCAGUCCGAAGACGAGCGAAUCAUGAUUGUGGCAUUACAUGUGGGACUCAAAACGAGACAAAUUGAAGGCGGAGGAGUGCAGUAUAGUCCAGUAACAAUCACAUCAUAUCCUCACAAAGACAUCAUAGACCCUAAAGAGCGUCCAUUUUUUGCCCACGUGCCCAAUUUCUGCUUCCCAGACGCAGGGGGUUCCGAACCCCCGAAGCAGACCGAACUCGACGAAACUUACUCUUUCAUAUUCACGGAUGACAAAGGAGCUCAGAUGUUUGGAUACUGUCGUCGCAUUUGGCCUGAUGAUGCGCUGGGUUCUCCUAAUAAAAGUGGAAGAGUUUCGGUUGUGUCGGCUACGAGUACGCAAAGUGCGACUAGUGGUAUGUCUAAACUGCACGAUGAAGAUUUACCGACUGUGUAUUGUAUCAUCAGUCAGCAGCGCUGUUUCGAAUUGUUCGAUAAGAUCUGUAGCGAGUUGAAGACACUUAAGAAAGAGAUCCACAUCUUCACCUUCUUGCAGUCCCUCUACGAGUGUGCGACCCCCUCGCCCGGAAACAGCAUCAAGGUCAAGUAUCCCUUCUACAUCAGACAUCCACACAUGCGGGAGGGGGAGACUACAUUGGAGAUCACCAGGAGCUACAAGGACACGCUGUACGAACACGUGAACCUACACUGCCUGCCUCUAUACAUGGAGGCGAAAAAUCUAGUGAUGGUGUUCGCCUCUCUCCUGCUGGAGAGGAAAGUGUGGCUGUGGAGCUCCAAGUUGAAUGUGCUCUCCUCAUGCGCGAUGGCACUACACGCACUCUUGUAUCCAUUCAAAUGGGAACAUGUGUUUGUGCCCAUGACCAGCAUGGACCUUGGCUGUGACCUGGCUACCUGUCCAACUCCCUUUCUAAUUGGAUCUCUGGUACCACAGGAUUCCAAGUUAAGACCCGACGUCUCAGAGUAUGAUCAGGUGCUGAUCGUGGAUUUGGACAACAGGGCAUCUUUCGUCAAGUCGUGUGGGGAUGAGAAGAAGUUGUUGCCUGAAAGGUAUUUCACUUCCCUCAAGCGACUAGUGUUCGACCGCAAGAGUCUGCAGAAGACCCACACCGUCGACAUAGCUACCACGGGGACUGGAGAGUACAUCUCAGAGUGCUUUCUCCACUUCUUUGUCCAGCUACUCUAUCAAGUGGACGCGCAUGUAGAGUAUGACCCCACCCGCCCAGACGGACCUCUCUUCAUGCGCAACAGCUACAUUCAGACAAGAUCCAAAGAACUUCGUCCCUUCCUUCGCGACUUCACAGACACAAUGUUGUUCAAUCGCUUUCUGCAAAACAGAAGUCCUUUUGAAGUGACUCGUUUCAACAGUCGACUUACAGAGUACCAUCUACACAGAGAGAAAGCGGCACGCACGCAACGCAACAGAAAAGGCCCCAAAUUAUUCCCCAAGUUCUCAAGACGCAAGUCAGUGAUGAGUUACCAGCCCAAUAGCAGCAGCAGCAACAGCAAUCAGGCGACUCGUUGAACAACUCUGAUUCAUAGAUUCGAAGUCGCUCGGAGGACCCGGCCUGCUCAACUCCUCGGAGUAGAAGAUGCGGUUGACGUAGUUAUUAGUUUAAAACUUUAAACUUGUUCAUAAGUCUUAUUCGAAAAGCUCGGAAUUUCAUUUUUGAUUCUCUUG